AUGGCCGAGACAUCCACUGAACCCAGAUCUGAAACUCCGCCUAUCACUAUGUGUGACAAGCCUCUCCACGAGAAUCACGAGCCUCGGCUUGGUGACAUGUCUGAUGUUCCCGCCGCAGCCAGCCUGGACGUUGAAACCAAGACCAAGUCCGACUCAUACUCUCAUGAGGUCCCUGACAAUGGUAGCGCUAUCAAGUUCCAUGAUUCGUCUCCUAACAGUUCCGACUCGUCCUCGCCUAAUAGCUCAUCCCCCAACAGUGUUCACACGACCUUUCCAGACAGCAACGUCUUGAAAACAAGCCAUUUGCCCGAGGAUAGCUCCAAGGAAAACCAAAAUACUCAACCAAGCACCCUGUGUGACACAUCUUCUCGGUCUGAUUCCGACGGCGAAACCGUUAUUUUGGGGAACCCCACUGCUAUGAAUGAGAAUUACUCUGACAAAGCCUCCCCUAAUAACUCCAGCGCCGAAGAUUCCGGCGCUGUGUCUGGUGCUGGCAUUCAGAUAAACCCUGACGUUGAGAGGAGCGGCACUCCGGAUUCUUUCCGUCACGAUGGCUCUGACUCGUCCUCUCAGGGUUCCACGACAACCUCCCCAGUUUCCCCCCGCUCUAUCUCACCCGCUAGUUCAACUAGUACGGCAUUCCAAGUCCCCCUCGACACCGAUGAAGACGAUGAAGAUGAACCAAGGAUCCCCCAAGGCUCUCAAUCAAUUUGUGCAUAUGCUUCUCCUGUUCAAAAUGGCUGUCGCACUCGGACCAGCUGUGAUAGGAAUGAUGACACUGGCAGGUGGCAUGUUGAACCGGAUGGAUUUAUCAACGAAGCCAGACGGGCCGGAGGGCCAUACCUUUUCCCUUUGCCCGUUGACACAAACAGAUUGAAAAUUAAUGAUCCCCUUCAUGACAUUCUCGAGGAUUGUACGGUUGUCCAACCAAUAAUGUCAAUUCUCGCUGAACACGGAGUCCACCCACUCUCAAUGAGGCUCAGAAAUUGCGAGUACAAGCUUUUCAAUCGGUUCAACUACUUGCCAACUUUGAUUUUCUCUGCAACUCGUGACACCUUCGAUGACUCUUGGGUCCAGGCAUGCCGCCAAAUCUGGACUCACUUAUCCAAUGUCGGCCUUGGAAAAGUCAAUGUUGAGAUAUCGGAAUUCGAGAUCAAGCCAACUUUCGUGUGGUCAAUGCAAAGGACUGACCGCGUUUGGCCAGUCAACAUUGAUUUACUUCUCAGGAUACACGAUGAAGUUGAUGUUACGGGAAUGGUCCGUCUUGGCAUAAUCCGUGAGGGGAACACUGAUAGCAGAGAGAAUCUCCCGCUUACUGUGAGCAUGGAUGUAGAAUACGAUAGCGAUCGAGACUGGCGCGGUACAAGGGAUCAUAUUGUGGAGAUUCUGGAUGACAUGAAUCUCCCUAUGGUUGGGGUCACCAUCAUGAAGGGCGGCAAAAACUUCCGGGGUUAA